AUGGCUGCAACUGAAGAAACAGAGAUUAUAUUGGACUGUAAACUGUUGGCGUUAGGUGUUACAGACUUGACUGAAUUUGGCUUGUAUCUGAAAGUCGAUAAAGCAAAGAUCGGAGGACAGACAAAGGUAAAAAUUAUGAAAGUAAUUCGAACCGAACUCGAAAAGAUUAUAAACACGUUCGAUUCUGACGAACAGACUAACGAAUAUUUAAAAGGUUUAAUUGAUUUUCUCGACGAAAAUGCUCAGCCUAAGCCGUCAGAUGAGGAAGGUAACACGUUAAAGCCUUCUUCUGAGCUAGAAAAGCUCGAAAUAGAGCUAAAAGCAAUUGAGUCGCAACAAAAAGCUAUUGAAGAAAAGCUUUUACAAGCAAAACAGUCGGAAAAUAUUCCCAAGUCAAGUGGAAGCAGCCCUACUGUUGCUGACUCAACAAAAAUGAAACUCGGGCUUGCAGGCAACAAUUUUACAUAG